ACUGGUCCGCAACCUUCGGCGCUCCAGUUCCCCGCGUCAGAAUGGCAGAAGGUAUCUUGGACGCAAACAACGCCUUCCUGCUUGGAAAUUAUCGUUCGGCUAUAAAAAUCUUGCAGAAAUGUGAGUUGAACGCCGCAGAUGUCAAGCAAAAGGGCGAUGUUCUCCUCCAUCGCGUUUACAUCGCACAAGGGAGGUGUGGCAUAGUGUUGGAUGAGCUGCGUGAUGUACCUGAUUCUUUAGAAUUGCAAUUAGUGAGGCUAGUUGCCUUAUAUUUUAAUUCUACUGAUGAAAGACCUAAAGUUUUAGAAGAAUUGGAAAAGCUAUUAAACGUUCCUCCGAGUUCUGAAGACGAGACUGCACUUAUUCUGGCUGCCACCGUUUACCUGGAUGCGGGCCUGAUUGACCGCGCCUUGCAGAUUCUUCAUCAAGGAGACGGUGUUAACUGCAACGCCUUGCGCGUUCAGGCCUACAUGGCUUUGCAUCGAUAUGACUUGGCUGGGAAGGUCAUUCGGCGUAUGCAAGCGGCUGAUGAAGAUUCGCUACCUUGUCAGCUGGCAACGGCCCUUUACAACAUAUCUAAGGGUGGUGACCGGUUGCAGGAGGCCUUGAACAUUUAUGAGGAGCUCAAAGAAAAGUAUGGCUCUACUCCCGUUAUUCUCAAUGGACAGGCCGCAGCAUUCAUUGGCAUGAACCGUUGGGAGGAUGCUGAAUCUGUGUUACAGGAAUCGCUUGAUCUUGACAGCAGCAAUAGCGAUUCAAUUGUCAACAUGAUUGUAGUCUCGCACCAUCUUGGGAAGCCUGUGGAGACUAUUAACAGACUUACGUCACAGCUGAAAGAGUCAAACAAAACUCAUCCUUUUUUGACGGAUCUUGCAGAGAAGGACGCGGAAUUCAGCCGUUGCUCGCAACAUUAUGCCCCUAGCAUCCCCUGUUGACUUUUUCCGCAUCUUGUGGCUCUCAGUAAUCUGCGAUCAUUUUAAUGGCUUCGUUUUCAUUCGCUUCCCGGCCCUUUUUCCCUUUUACAUUUUCUACACUUUCUUGUCGAUUUGAUUUUGUUUUGCAGUCCAGAUCAGUGGCCACUACUGCUCAGGUCCAGCGUGUAAUGUCGUUCUAGGUGUGCACAUUCGUUUGGUUUGUGACUCCAACUGUCUGUUAUACAACAUGAUUCUCUUCCCAAUGUGCCAUUUUUUGUACUUCUUUCGUUAACUUCGCUGUCAACGCUACCAGUUAACAAAACGUAGAAAAAGUCUAAGUGGGGAUGCAGGUGGAAAAUUCUUGCGCUUUUACCAUUGUUUAUCCAAGAAACCUGGUGUGACUGGACCGCGAGAUGAGCGCAGCCAUUUCCGCAGGUUUCGAAAGGAAUUCGAGCUUCACAUAGAAGAUUCUGUUUGAUUUCGUUGUUUAGCAACCAUAUGAGAAUGAAGUCCUCUAGCUUGGCGUUUUCGACGAGUGCAUGAAAGUAUUGGCAGAAAUAUCCCUGUCCCUCUCCAUUUUGUGCGCACAUUGCCUUUUCCAUUUUGACAUGGUUACAUACAUACAUUUUGAAAGCCGAUUCGGGAUCCACCUAGUUUUUUACUUUUCUCAUCAUCAAGUGAACAUGCAUGCUUCUGAGCAGGUGUACAGACGAAGAAGCACAACUAGUAUGGGGAAGAACAGUUCGAUGGUGGUCUCAGUUUUCAUGUCUUUUCGCUGCCAUCUACGUGUUGGAUUUUUGUGUGACCAAUAGUCGGCAUUUGGGUGAACUGUUCAAUUCGCGGAUAUAAUAAUGGGUUUCUGUUUAUUGUUUGUUCGUUGUCUGUGCCCGACAUCUCCAAAUACAGUAUAGAUGAUUU